ACCCCUGGACGUAUAUUUCUUUUGACGAUUCAAUCCUCAUCUCAUUUGGAUUUUGAAGAGAGUGGAGUAGAGAGCCAUGGAUUCCGAUUUCAUAGAGAUUAGUGAAGAAGAUGAUUCUCUGCUUCAGGAGUCUGCCAAUGUCGAUAUCAACAACUAUCUCACAUGCUCGCCUCUCCACAUUCUCAGAUCCAAGCCCUCUCCCACUCCCUCUCUCGUUACUCCGACCAACGGUUCAAAAAAUAUAAAAUACGCCGAAGAACCAAAAUGUUCAUCAUACAAAGAUAGCAAUAACAAGGAGAAUAUUGUUAACAUAGUGGAAGCACCAAAAUUGAGUGUGGAGCGCCAGAGCAUGAAGAGGAGGAAAAAAGGUGGAGGUUACAAUUUGCGGAAAAGCAUGGCAUGGGACAGGGCCUUUUUCACAGAAGAAGGUGUUUUGAAUCCCUUAGAAUUGUCAAUGAUUAGUGGGAAGCCUAGUGGAGAGAUUCUGUCGGUUAUUCAUGAAGAGGCGCAGGCAUCGCUAUCUGGGGAUUCAGACUGCACUGCUGAAGUGGAUUUACAAGUACUAGAAGAAGAUUUGUUCAGAGAAUUGCCCGCUAGUACUAAAGUUGAUGGUAAAAGGAGUGGUGGUGGUUCACUGCCAAAGCACAAUUCAUCAGCUCGAGACAAUGCUACACAAAAAGUGCUUUCAGCCCAUGGUGUUAAUAAAAGUGGGUCUAAACGCAGCGGCUGCCCACGACCCCUGGCUCCAUCUUCUCAGAAAAGGCCUGCAAAUGUCAAUACGACAAAAGCAAUAAACAAGGAUUUAAAUCUUCCUAAAGUACCAGAAUCAAAACCAAAGCACUGUUUGCAAUCUACAACUACCAGGAGUGUUAUUCCACGUGCAAGUCACCUGAAGCAUAAUCAGAUUGCUCAACCAGGUGUCAAUAUUCAGAAGCAAGCUGCGCUGAAAGGCUCCUCAAACAAUUCCAAAAGUGUAAAAAAUAAUGCAAAAGCUGGUCCUGAUUGUAAAUCAUUAGCUGCUAAAUCUUCUGUUCGUCAUACUAGAGGAAAUAUGGCCAACUCACCACUGGAUGCAUGUUCCUCAACCAAGUCACAGCCGCAACUGGUUACCGAACCUACUAGGAAUCUAGAGAUGAAUCCAGAUCCUGUAUCAGGUUUGGGAACACAUUUAUCAGGUGGAUUGAGAAAAACUGCUGUUUCUCUUGUUCAAAAUGGUCAUGGCAUUAGUGGAGGUAUGCAAUAUGUAAAACUCCAAACAGCCAAACCGUCAGGCUUGCGGAUGCCAUCGCCUUCACUGGGAUUCUUUGGUCAGCCAAAAGGUUCUGCUUCAGAGAGUCACCCACAGAGAAAUGCUCAGCCAUGCAAUAUUUCUAAAUUUAGCAUUGCUAAUUUGCAGAAAACUAGUGGAUCAAAUAUUAUUCAUGAAGAACCCGGGCCCUGGCAUGCAAUGGGAGAAAUGGCCAAAGUGAUCAAUGAUGCCACUAGAACAGGAAAUAUUAGGGUCUUAAAGUCAAAUACAGGUUUUCCUGUUCCAUCUGCAAUGAAAUCUGCUUCUCAAGAAAAAUUGAAAUUGAACUUGGAAGUAGCUAAUUUGCAGAAUAUUGAAACGCAGUUGCCCUGUGAUCCUAAGAGUAGCGAACCAAUAAAUAAUCAGCGACAAUUGCCUGGCAUCUUGGAUGAUGUUCAAAAGCAAUUCCAAGAAGAUGGAGGGCCUUGCAUGAAUACUUCAAGCAAGAAGGAUUCAAAAAAAUUGCAGAUGAUUGAUGACAAGUUGCUUUCAAAGAGAAAAUCAGGCGAACAUUUGAAGCAGCAUAGUGAUCAUGAGAUCACUGAUGCUUUUGCAAAGAGUAGUGAUUCGAGGAAUGAAUUGGAAAAUCCAAUUUUAACAUCUGAGUUUAGCCCUAUGUUGCAAGUUACAGGUGUUUCUGGAACAGAUUGUACAAUUGACCAUCAAUAUGCAGAAGAUAAACAAUGCCAUUCACUGUUUGAAAGUCACAUUGUUAUUUCUGGAUCAGAGUCUAGAAAUAUUAUUAGUUGUGGUGAUGGGGGUCGUUCCAUGUUGCAUAAUGAUUCACUAAACUCUACACAUGAUGUCAGUGAACAGUCAAGGGAAGAAGCUGAGCUAGUUAAGCCUUACACCUGUGAAACUGAUCUCAUUUCUCAUAUGGAGAGUGACAAGUUACUGCCAAAAGAUGACAUUUUAUGCAGAGAGGGCAUAACUUUUGAAGAGUUACAGAAAUCUGUUAGUAGAAACACUGCAGAUGUCAGUUCAAACGGUUGUGAUUCCUUAGGAAUUGAAGUGGAAACUUCUCAUAGUCCUUCUCAACUAGAACACACACAGAAAGCAAACAAAGGUGUUGCUGGAGUAGAUAGCAUGGUGUGGAAGUUACCUAUGAGAGAUGAGCAAAUGCACUCCUUAGAUGGCAGUCUAUCAAUUGAGGGGUGCAUAAAAAAUUUCAGUGUCUCAGUUGAUGUUGGCAAGUCUUCAAUGGCCAUUGACAAUCUAGUUGAGCAAUCUGGGGAACUACCGAAGCCUCAAAGUCCCUUCAUUCUGGUUGAACAAAUUUCCCAAGGUAACUGUGGAUCGUGUCCUAGUGAGCAUGUACUGCUUAAGAAAAGCACUUCUGGAGAACACCAGGAAGAUGGUGUUCUUGAGAGCGCUGUAUGUGUUGCCCAAGCGCAAACUAAUGCUUGUGGAAGUGAACCAAAAGGUUCCAAUAAUCUUUUGGAGAUACAACCUUCUUUGCAAGAUGGUGGUAUUGUUGAUAAAAUUGCUGAACAUCCACUUUUGAACGAUGCAGCACCAGGUUAUCUAGAAAAUUCUAACUGUUUUAAUGUACAGUGUGAGCGUGACCUUGAGGUAAAUGAUCAAGUUACUUCUUUGGAAACUAAUCCACCUAUAAAACUAUGUGAAGAUCCAACGGAAGCUUCAGUAACUACUUGCAGUCACAAGGUUACAUCAAAGAAUAGAGGUUCUGAUGGGAGUGAAUUGGAAAAUCUGUCUGAAGGUAGCCCUUUGCUGCAAGUUAACGGUAUUUCUAGAAAAGAUGUUAUAAUUGAGCAUCAAAAGGCAGAAGAUGAAAAAUGCCUUUUGUCCGUAAAAAGUGAGUUUGGAUAUGCAGUCAAUUAUAACAACCAAGGUGCUUCAAUAAUGCAUGUUGGUGCAAGCAGUAUGCCUUACAUCAAUGAACAAUCUGGGGAACAAUCUGAGCUGCUAAAGUUCUGUGUUCAUGAAGCCAAUCAAAUUUCUGACAUGGAGAUUCAGAGAUCACUGGAAAAUGAUGGCAUUUCAUUUGUAGAGGCCACAUCUUGUGAAGGCUUCCAGAGGUGUGAUAUGGCCAACAGUGCAGAUGCUGGUCUACAAGUUGUAGGUUCUAGUGGAAACGUUUUGGAAAAUUCUUGUGAUCAAUUGAAACGUGAAUACUCAGAACAAUCAAAUGAAGAUGCUUGUGGAGUAGAUAACAUGACUAAAAAUUUACAUGCGGGAUGUGCACAAGAGCUCUUAGAUGGAAAUCUAAUUGUUGAAAAUUGCAAGAGCUACCUGAAAACUUCAGUAGUUCAAAAAAAGUAUGUAAUGGUUGGGCAUGAUGUAAGCAAACAAUCUGGAGAACAGACAGAGCUCCAUAGACCUCAUCCUGUGGUUGAACAAGUUCAGCUGGGAAAGUCUGAAUUAUGUUUCAGUGAUUUGUGCGGCCCAAAAAGCACUUAUGAAGAAUUGCAGGAAGAAAAUGUUUAUCAGUGUGUUUUAUCUGCUAGGCCGGAAAAUGCUCGGGGAAGUGAAACAAAAGUUUGUACUCAAGAAACACUUCCAAUGCAAUAUGCCGAUGCUGAUAUGGAUAAAAUGAUUGAGCACUCCGCUGCAAAAGAUGUAACACUUGGCUCCACAGAGAUGGAGUCUGCUGUUGAAAAUUGUGAGCAUCUUACUAAUACACAAAUCGAACAUGACAUUGAGCUCAGUGGUCAAGCUGCAUCAAUGGAAUUAGAUUCAUCCUCAAAGAUAAGCAAAGAUCAAGUCACAGGUACAGUUUCAGAUUUACCAGCUCAAAAGGCUCAGAUGCUGCCAAACAGAAGUGAUUUACAUGUUAGAGGAGUUGAUGGAUUAGAGAUUAAUAUGUUGGUGGAGGAGGCUGAUUCUAAAAUUGCUGAAGAUAGUACUUCCAGCAGCAAAACACAGCAUGGGUUUGACGAUGCCAUAUACCGAGCAGAAGAAACCGAUGCAGCAAUGCCACUCAAGGAUCCUGGGAUUGAUAAGCAGCAUGACGAUUGUGUAAGAGGACUUCCACUGAAUGCUGUUCCAUUCUCUGAUGAAUGGUUAGCUGCUGUUGAAGCCGCUGGAGAGGAUAUUUUAAGUAUGAAAACAGGUGCCGUACAAAAUUCUCCACCAGACAAAUCUGAAUCUGAACCCGGACCUUGGUCCCCGGUGAAACGGAAAAGCAAUCAAGCAAUAGGGCCAUUUGACUGCACAAAGUACACAAACAUCCCACCUCCCAACCAAUGAUGCCUCCCCUCUCCCCGACCAUUCUUUUGUCACAAUUCUUUGGCAAGCACAAGUGCCACCAAAAACCAUUUGUAUAUUUUUCAGAAACUGCAGUGAAGAAGUUCUUUUUCUUA